CAGCUCUCCGAGGGGCCGGAGCGCAGCGGAGCCAUGCAGUACCCGCACCCCGGGCCGGCGGCGGCGGGCGCCGUGGGGGUGCCGCUGUACGCGCCCACGCCGCUGCUGCAGCCCGCGCACCCGACGCCCUUCUACAUCGAGGACAUCCUGGGCCGCGGGCCCGCCGCCCCCACCCCCACGCCCACGCUGCCGUCCCCCAACUCCUCCUUCACCAGCCUCGUGUCCUCCUACCGGACCCCGGUGUACGAGCCCACGCCGAUCCACCCAGCCUUCUCGCACCACUCCGCCGCCGCGCUGGCCGCCGCCUACGGACCCGGCGGCUUCGGGGGCCCUCUGUACCCCUUCCCGCGGACGGUGAACGACUACACGCACGCCCUGCUCCGCCACGACCCCCUGGGCAAACCCCUGCUUUGGAGCCCUUUCUUGCAGAGGCCUUUGCAUAAAAGGAAAGGCGGCCAGGUGAGGUUCUCCAAUGACCAGACCAUCGAGCUGGAGAAGAAGUUUGAGACCCAGAAAUACCUCUCCCCACCCGAGAGGAAGCGUCUGGCCAAGAUGCUGCAGCUUAGCGAGAGACAGGUUAAAACUUGGUUUCAGAAUCGACGCGCUAAGUGGAGAAGACUAAAACAGGAAAACCCUCAAAGCAAUAAAAAAGAAGAACUGGAAAGUUUGGACAAUCCCUGUGACCAGAGGCAAGACUUGCCCAGCGAACAGAAUAAAGGUGGUUUGGAUAGCUCUCAAUGUUCACCCUCCCCCCCCUCCCAGGAAGACCUUGAAUCAGAGAUUUCAGAGGAUUCCGAUCAGGAAGUGGACAUUGAGGGCGAUAAAGGCUAUUUUAAUGCUGGAUGAUGACCACUGACAUUCGCAUGUUCAGAAAACUGGACUUGGGAAUAACAUUUGCUACAGAAAAUCUCCAUAGACGAACUGGAAAACUCUAUGAGAAAGGGAAUCAAUUUUCUGGUAUUCUGGAAACCUAAAAUAUUUGGUGCAUUGGCCAAAUAAACUCACAUUGAAACCUUAAUUUUGACUUAAAAAAUAGUUUAUGUACUGAUUUUAGGUCGUAUGAUAAAGGGACUCCACUGAUCAAAUUCACCUCCUUUUUUAAAAAGUAAAUUGUUUUUUCUAUUUAUAAAAAGUAAUUUUGAACUUUUUUGUUAAAUUCUUAAGUUAUAACUUUAAAGAUUUUAAUAGAAUCUUUUUCAAUGACUUUUCUAUAAUCUGUGUCUACAUCCCACUUAAUGGAAAAGCAAAGGGGCAGCUCAAAUCCAGAGGCAUGCCUUGGAAAGGGGCCCACAUUUCAGGCAGCAUUGGAAUAUUUUAAAAGGAAACAUUCUUUUAUAUUAUAUACUUAUACUGCUGCCUUAAAUCCAAAACCACCUCAGAGCUCUUGUUUCCGGAUGUGAAUGUUCUUUUUGUCAGAGAGAUCUAGUUGAUAAUCUUAAACGCUUGUUUUGCACUAUCACUUAGUAUACCUGUUCGACCAAGGUACUAAGGGGAUAGUGCAGUCCAAUUCAAGCAGGGAAACUGACUCAUCAGUGACUAAAAUUAAGCACAGAUGAACUAGAAGUAGCAGGUUAAUUAAAUGUAAGUAGAUUGUAGAUAUUGUGUUUUAUAUCAAACAAUGUUUAUAAUGUGUAUAUAUGUAAUUGUUCACUGUAAAAAAACAUGGCCAAAAUGUUUUGUUUUUCAAUGAGUAACUUGUCUAUAAAAUAAAUCCGUCGGUGGGACGACUGAC